AUGCCAGCGACGUCGACGCGAAGAGAGCACCCCCAAAUUACAGGCGCUCCGGACUAUGACGAUCCCGCGUACUGGGACGUCAAAUUUGCGACUGGAAAAGAUGUCGGGGAAUGGUUGAAUUCCGGUGAAAUCCUGAUCGAGACUACCCUGUCCGAAUUGGAGCAUCGUCCUCAACCCGAUGCCAUCCCGCGUGCUUUGCACCUCGGUCCAGGCAUCUCCAAACUGGGGAUCAAACUAUGUGAGACCUUUCAUAAGCGCAAUUGGCCGGGAAGCUGCAUUGUGAAUGUGGAUUUCUCUGCGGAAGCUGUCCGCCUGGGCCAGGAGCUUGAGAGCGGCAAGAGCGCAGACCAGGGAAUGCAAUGGCUUCAGAUUGACUUGAGAUCGUGGAGCGAUGUUGCCAAGCUGGCAAGCUAUGGGCCGUUUGAUGUGGUCGUCGAUAAAAGCACGAGCGAUGCCAUUGCGACAUCGUCACCUGUCCGUCUAUCAACUGAAUCUGAUACACGAUCUAUUUGCCCAAUCAUAAGCGAGAUCUUCAAAGAGACCGGAGAACUCACGCUGUCUCCAGUGGAGCUGUUGUCUUUGCACCUUGUUCCGCUGACCCUGAAGGGCAGUACCUGGGUUGCGCUCUCAUAUUCAAACAUUCGGUUUGACAACCUCGGAUAUGCUGGGAAGUAUUGGACUCUCGUGUCACGCACCUCUAUAAAAGCACCACAGGGCCAGACGUCGACUUUUGCGCACAGCCCUGAAGUCUUCCAUUGGGCCUAUGUCCUCCGGCGGAAAUAA